AUGAAGUGGUCGAUCAUCUUUCUUGUUGCCGCCGGACUUCUCAGUUGUGCCCAUGCUUCUCAGGACUGUUUGGUUGGAAAUCUUCUAGUUCUUGAAAAUUUAAUUGUUUCCAAAUCAGUUGAAUCUAAGUUGUGUCAUGGUUUAUGCAGAAAACAAACCCUACCAUCUUCUGUGGGUCACUUGGUUUCAUUGACAUGUGAAAAUAAUAUUAUGGAUGAACGAGUUCAGUCAUGUUCCAGCAGUGAGCUUGAAGUUUCAUGUUUUUGUAACGGAGACAAGUGUAAUAAAGUAGAGUUGGAGGAAAAUAUUCCCAUUGGGAUAAUGAGAAGUGUUUCAAAAAUAAUCGAAACGGCAAAUCAACUGAUGUGCUACUCUGGACUCCAUUCAGUAUCUCCGUCGAAUACUAUUAGUAUUGGAGCUCAAAUUGCAUGUGACGGACAAUGUGCGUCGUUCUCUGGAUUUGUCAAUGGAAAUAUCACUACUAGCUACAAAUGUGUUCCCAAUUCGAUUUGUGACUCAUUUGGUCUCCACAACAGUUGCCAACACAAUGGCACAUUCACUGUGUGUUGCUGUAACAACGCAAACAACUGUAACAUAGCUUCCACCGGCAUUAUACUGCCACCACCACAGAAAACCACAGAUUUUCCAAUUGCCUGUCAUAGUGGAGUAUAUGUCAAUGGAAUUGCUAUAACACCAGUCACUUUGGAAGUUUGUCAAGGACAGUGUUCAUCCACUUCUUUGAACAGCUCUGCCGAUGGAGUUGUUGCAAGUGCAACAUAUUACGGAUGUGAUGCAACUCCUGUGUGCCAGCAACUGAAUAUGAACAACUUGUGUUCCACUGUCUCUCCGGGAGUCCAAGGAUGUUGUUGCAAUACGGAUGUUUGUUUGGAUCCUGCUUUGAACAAAACAGCUCCCGCAGUAGUUCGUACAUGUUUCACAGGAGUUUAUGAACAAGGUCGAGGUAUUGGAUCUGAAAUGAUCUGCGAAGGAUCAUGCUUCUCAAUGUCCUCGUUAAUCAACGACGAUCCCGUAACAAUUCUUGGAUGCAUCGAAACUAAAUUUUGUCGUCAACUGGAACUUUACAACGAAUGCAACACCGUGGCAGCGGAUCGUGAUAUCACUUCCUGCUGUUGCGACAAUUACAAUAAUUGCAACAUUGAUUUCGCUGGUCUCCAAGGAAAAAUUAACGUCAUUCUGCCUGCCUCUAACCUUCGUGAUUAUCCAAUUUCGUGUUACAAUGGUCUUUUCAUCAACAAUGCACCAGCAUCUGUCAUCGGCUGGCAGUCUUGUACAGGAGUAUGUUCCUCAUUCAGUUUCACUACAAACCUCAAUGGAAAAUCGAAUAAUGCGACAAUGUAUUCAUGUACUACUCCUAGUACAUGUUACCAGCUUGAAAUGAAUAAUAAUUGCACCAAUAUUGAGUCAGGCGUUUCCGGAUGUUGCUGCUCUUCAGAUGCUUGUCUCGACCCAACUGUAGUCCCGCCACGAACUCCAGAGUCGCCGCUGAAAUGCUAUGUGGGCUUUGUAAGCAGCUACGAGUCCAUCAGUUUGGGAUCCGAAGUGUAUUGUAACGGGCAAUGUGCUUCUCUCGAAGGAAUUGUCGGCGGUUAUAAUGUGACAUCAUACCAUUGCGUCGAUGACUCAUUAUGUAAAAGUAUGCAGAUAAAAGACUCAUGUCGUAGACUGUAUGAAGACAGAGCUAUUACAUUCUGUUGUUGUAACAAUGUUGACAAUUGUAACGUGCAGAACACAGAUAUCAUCCCACCACCACUGACACCUUCCGAUGAUUCUAUUGUUUGUUAUUCCGGUCUUUAUGUGGACGGGAGCCCUCUUUCAACGAGUUCAGACACUAAAGAAGUAUGUCAAGGACGAUGCACAUCUAUCCAGUAUACCAGCGCCAUCCAAGGCCAAAUCCACAUUGCAAAACUAUACAGCUGUAGUCCAAAAACUAUUUGCGAGGAACUAGACAUAAAAAAUGGAUGCUACGCCUUGACACCGGGAGUUGUAGAGUGUUGCUGUGACUCUGAUCUAUGCAUGGACCCAACAAAGAACAGAACUAUUCCAUAUACCCCACAAAAAUGUUUCUCUGGUAUCUAUGCUCAAGAAAAAUCCAAUGGAUCGGAAGUGUUAUGUGAUGGAUCAUGCGCCUCCAUAUCUACAACAGUCAACAAUGAUCCAGUGACACUCUUUGAAUGUGUCCAUCCUAAGUAUUGUCAUCAAUUAGAACUGGAUAACUCGUGUGAAACCUUAUUUGGUGAUAAGAAAACAUGCUGCUGUGACAACUACGACAACUGCAAUGUUGAUCUCGCUGGCUUGACUGGAAAAAUCGACACGAGCCAACCGAUUGCAAACCUUUCCAACAUUCCAAUCAGCUGUUACUCUGGACUUUUUGUCAAUGGUCAGCCAAUGUCAACUUUAGGAUGGCAGUUAUGUUUUGGAGAAUGUGCAUCUGUUACUUUCACUACAACAAAUUUUGAUGCUCCGAUGAAUACAACGUCUUACUUCUGUGAUCAAACAAACUGCAACCGAUUAGGAUUAAGCAAUACGUGUUUUUCAAUUCAACAAGGUCUCACUGGAUGCUGCUGUUCUGAUAAUGCUUGCCUUGGUCCGAAUGUCACACCGACUCCCCGUCUGACAACCAUUUCAACAUCCACUGUAUCUCUCGUCACUUCAUCUUCUUCUCCUACUUUUUCUCCAAUUUCUUCUUCUACCCUUCCAUUUGCCUCGACUUCUACACUAACAACACAACCACCUACUCCUGCUCAUCCUCUCAAUUGUUUUGUCGGAAUCCAGUCAACUUAUGAUGCAUUAAGUCUUGGGUCUCAAAUUGCAUGUGACGGUCAAUGUGCUUCGUUCAAUGGAGUCGUCGGAGGUUACAAUGUCACCACUUAUCACUGUCUCUCGAUCCAGGUAUGUGAUUCUCUGAAAAUCACAAACAACUGUGCAAAUCUGGUGGGCUAUGGAAAGCUUAUUGGCUGCUGCUGUAACAGCUCUGACAAUUGUAACGUCAAAGAUCCCAAUUUCAAACCAAAGCCACCAGUAAUUCCUGCUGUACCAGUUUCUUGCUACCAGGGACUUGUCCUCGAUGGUCAAAAGAAUUAUCUAACUAUUCAAGAAUGCAAUGGACUUUCUGGAUGUUGUUGUAAUACCGAUGGCUGUUUGAACCCGUAUACUGAUUCCUGGCCGGGACCUGUGAAUUGCUACGUGGGAGUUUAUGCUUCUGACAACAAAACCAAUUACGGAGCCACUGUACCAUGUGAUGGUUACUGUGGAUCUAUGGAGAUAACUAUCGAAAACACUUUUUACAAGUCUUAUCAUUGUGUGCCAAGGUCUGUUUGCAAAUCGCUCAAUUUGGUUAACAAGAAAAACCCAAUAUCUACGGAUAAAAACGUCACUGGUUAUUGCUGUACCGCUGGAUCGAACUGUCACGUCACGGAGCCAGCUGUAAACACAACAAACUUGAUAUCACCGGAAAUUGCACACCCCAACUUAAUUGCAUGUCGCUCUUCAAUAUAUCUGAAUGAAGUUGCGAUCACGCAAGAUAGUUACAGCCUUUGUCAUGGACAGUGUGCUACAGUGUCCUACACAUCUCUUUUCAAUUCAUCCAAGAGUAUUUUGACUCUCUACACCUGUGAUACAACAUUUGUCUGCGAUUCUUUCGGUUUAUCUAACUCUUGCUCCGAGAAAACUUCGGGUUUUUCUGGAUGUUGUUGCACUACCAAUAACUGUGUCGGACCACACGUGUCACCAACUCCGCCCAGUGGAUCGUCGUUUGGAAUUUCUAUUUUCAUUGUUGUAAUUGUGAAUGUCUUGUUUUUCACUAUUAAUAACAGUUUCUAA